AAAUGAAUAAAAAUGCGUCUUAACUUCGUUUCGUGUAAAUCACGCGGGAGUUGUUCAUACAAAAAAAAAUACCAUGCACAACAGCAGAUGAUUGUGAACGAAAAUGUAUGGCAAUGUGUGACAGCGGCUGUCACAUAUCACACACGAAUAAACACAUUUCAAUCAAAUACACGUGCAACACUCAUUUUAAAUUAAUUUCAUGGAUCGUACUGUGAAAUUGUUGAUGAAUUAAAAGAAACGAAUGUUUAAUCGAAUCCAUAUAGAAGUGAAAUUCACAUCAAAAGGAAAGAAAAAUGUCUGACAACGAAGUGGAUCAAUAUGAAAGUGAUGGUGGCGAAGAAUAUAAUCCAAAAGCGCACAAGAAAUUGUUGGCCGGUGUUACAUCGCUGCAAAAAUGUCAAUUUAUUCGAAAAACAACAAGAGAUGAACCAGCAUUGAACAGAAAUGAAUUUGGCCUAGUGAAACCGACCACAGACAGUGAUGCACCUGCCGCGAAAAAAGGCAAAGUUGAUAUAAAUGAUUUAGUAAAUAUAUUGGACAAAACCAAUAAACAUUUGCAAUUGGGAAAAGUUCUCAAGAAGACGGCUGAUAAGAAAAAAGUGCUUCCAGUUCCGUUAGAAAAGCCAGCCGCUGAAAAACUUCAACGUGCCAUCAACUAUGAAAAAGCAAGGGAAAAACUUGAGAAAUGGGAUGCGGUGGUGGCAAAACAACGAUCGGCCGAUCAUUUGUCCUUCCCAUUGCAUCAAGAAGCAUCCGAUCUUAAAUUCAAAGAUGAAGUACAAGUACCAUCGAAAUUUCGCAUUAAAUCCGAAAUGAUGUUGGAGAUGGAGAAAAAUGAACCGCAAAUUUUCCAUGUUGCCAAACCGGAAGAAGAGCAAGAGGAUGAGCCAAAAUUAUCGCGCGAAGAAUUAAUUGAACGGUCACGUGAAUUGCGUCAACUACGGAUGAAAGAAUCACAGCGGAGUAUAAAGGCCCAUCAUCAGAAUAAAAUCAAGAGUAAAAAAUAUCAUCGAAUUUUGAAAAAGGAGAAAAUGAGGCAACAAAUCAAAGAGUUUGAAUUGCUGCAAAAGACCGAUCCAGAGGCGGCACUUCGUAAAAUUGAACAGCUUGAUCGUAGUCGAAUUGAAGAGCGUGGUUUACUUCGGCACCGUAAUACAGGCAGUUGGGCGCAAAACUUGCAGGUCCGUGCAAAAUAUGAUAAAGAUGCACGAAAAGAUUUAGCCGAACAAAUUGCCAUCAGUCGUGAAUUGACGGCCAAGAAAAAUGUUGAAGAAUCAGAUGAUGAUGAUGAUAAUGAAUUGGCUAAUGAUAUUGCGGGCGAUGAUGAUCCAUUCAAUCCAUGGUUGAAAGUAGGCAAAUCAAAUGGCAAUGACAAUGGUGAAGUUGACGAAUUUGUAAGUGGCUAUCGAAAAUAUUGGCAAGAACGCAACGCAAAAGAGAAAGAAUUAGAUGAUUAUAAAGCAUUAGAACCAGUAGAACGAGAUGAAAAUGAAAAUGACAGUGCCGAUAAAUCGGAAAAUUCAGAAGAGAAUUCCGAUUGGUUAAUAAGUCCAAUUUCAACGAAAAAUUUAAAAAGUUCGAAGAUUAGAAAAACAACAACAUUAAAAGGUAAAAAAUCGAAAGUGAAUCGCGGUUGGUUUGAAGAAGAUAUUUCCAAUAUGCCAGAAACUAUAUCAAAGAAGAAGACGAAGAAACUAGGCAAAUUAAGUAAACGUGAAAAAUCUGUAAAAUGUGGAACGAAAACAGAACCAAUAGCUGAUAAUAUAGACGAUUUAUUCGAUGAUGCAGAGGAUGUGAUGAGAGAAAAGGGAAAAAAGAAAUAUGAAAAAUUAAAAUUUGAAUUAGAAUCGAAACGAAAUAAGAAGAAAUCAGCUGCAUCGAGCGAUGACGAUGAUGCAGAGAAUGAGAGUGAACGAAUCGAUUUGAGUUUUAAAAAGCAAAAUCAACGGGCAAACGAAGACGAAGAGUUGAACGGCGACGAAAACGGUGGUGGUGGCGACGAUUUAUUAUCGAAACGUAUCACGAAUGCACUCAAUUCAAUUAAGUCAAAUGCAAAUGGAAAUUAUGAAACAGAGAACAUAAAUCCAAAUGAUAUCGCCAAAGUGAAAACACAGCAUUUAUCCACCGCAUUGCCGGAUACGAUAUACACUGUCGACGAUGAUGGUUUCAAUGAAUAUGACGAUGACUAUCAUUUUGACGAAGAGAAAAAGAUGACCAUUGCCGAGGCAUUCGAGGAUGAUGACAUCGUUGCGGAAUUUAAACGCGAAAAAGAUGAAGAGGCGAAAAAGAAUGAGCCACAAGAAAUCGAUUUGUCAGUGCCCGGAUGGGGAUCAUGGGGUGGCAGUGGCAUUGACCCAUCCAAAAAGAAAACAAAGCGAAAAAUGAUUUUACGUUUUCCAGCGCCAGAAAAACGCCGUGUUGACAAUCAAGGCAAUGUAGUCAUCAUUGAAAAUCGUGAUGAAAAAUUGCAAAAGCAUUUGGUAUCCACUUUACCAUUCCCAUUCACAAGUGUCGAUGACUACGAGAAAUCGAUUCGUGUUCCAAUCGGCAAAGACUUUAUACCAGCCACCGCAAGCAAAGUGCUCACCAAACCGGCGGUCACCACAAAGGCUGGCACAAUCAUCGAACCAAUGAACGAAAAUAUGCUGGUAAACAAACAGAAAAAACGACCUACAAAAACCGAUCGACGAAUCGCUAAAAUUGUAUCCUAGUUGCAUUCGGAAUGCAUCUAAACAUGUUUUUUAAAAAUCACACAAUAAACAAAUAUAUUUUCGAAUU